AUGAAGCCCGCUUCUCUCAUCACGACCCUCGCCUUUGCGGCGUUCGGCUCGACACUGGCUCAGAACAGCACGUCAGAUGCCUCGACUGGCGAUGUCGGCAAGCAGAACGGCAACGGCGGCGAACACCACGGAGGAGACCGGAGUGGCGGCGGCGGUGAGCACGGACACCAAGGCCACUCAAAGCAUCACAAGGGACUCAAAGGCGUCAAUGCCGGGUCGACGCUCGAGCGCUGCACAAUCCUACAGCGAUUCAACCACAUCAUCGACAGCGCUGCCAAUGCCACUCAGCUCCAGAUCGACUUCAAGGGCAACGCCACGCGCAUUGCCCGUGUUCAGGCCGAGGCCACCCAGCUGCGCAACGCCACAUCGCCACAGGGGGCGCUGUUUGUGACCUUGCGUAGCAACGCGACGUUCUUGGGCAUCUGCGACACCAUUUUUGCGACGGAGAGCAGCGGGGAGCAGUGCAACCGGUUGCGGUUCCUGGAGGCCCGAGCCACCCUCGCAGCCAAUGCAACGGCACUCGAUAAAGCGGCACACGGCAACACAACGCGCGCACAGCAUAUCCAAGCGGCGGUCACCAAGGCGCAGCCAGAGCUGGCCGCGCUCCAAGGAAACGAGACGCUGCUGCAGUUCUGUGCCAUGUUCCAGACGCAGGCGCAGUGCCGACUGAUCAAGCAGCUGUACGGCGAUGUGAGCCUGGCACGCAAUGCGACGAGGCUGAACCAGACGCUCGAGGGCAACACGACGCGAAUUGCGGCAUUUCAAAACCUGGUGGCCAAGGCCACGGCACAGCUCGACAAGUUGCUCAACAAUGCGACGCUGGUCUCGGUUUGCAAGACGGAAAUGCCGUUUAUUCUUGACCUGGCAAACGAACUGCCCAACGCCACGGUGACGUCGGUUAAUGCGGUCAGCCAGUCGACGGCGUCUCGCAACGUGGCUGUAUCGGCACUGCUUCUUGUCGUCUUCUUCAUGUUGAGCUUCAAUUUGUUGUAG